CAGAGAAUGAAAAUGUCGUCUAAGAUCAGUGUUUGCAUGGUAGCCUUCUUCUUCCUCUUCCUAACCCUCACAUAUGCAGGCAGACCUGUCCCUUCUUCUUCCAAUGUUAUUUCGAACAAUAUUCAACAUGGGGUUUUGGAAGAGGAAAUAGCCAACAUAGAGGAAACUUGUGAAAGUAGUGGCGAAGAAGAAUGCUUGAUGAGGAGAACUCUAGCAGCCCACACAGAUUAUAUCUACACACAGAAGCAAAAGCCAUGAUAUCUAUCAAUUAUUGGUCCUCUCUUGUAAUUAUAUAUACAAACAGUAGCCUAUAUAUGUCGCUUUUUGACAAGAGCUAGUUUAGUCAGCUAUCUUUCAGUUGUUUUUUUUAUUUUUAUUUUCCUUCUCUGCCUGA